AGAGAUGAAAACCAAACAUCACAAGGCAACCUUUUUCAGGUUUCAUCUUUUAUUUCCUCUCUUGCACUAUUGUUUUAUCCCUUUUGGUACCCUAAGCAAAGAGACCAUUUAAAAAAGCACUCUCAUCUCUUAACCAAUACAGGAAAGGGAGUUUCCAGAGAGUGUGUGUUAAGAGAGGUAGAGAGAGAAACAAAAAAGAUGGGAAGAGGGAGAGUUGAACUGAAGAGGAUAGAGAACAAAAUUAACAGGCAAGUCACAUUUGCCAAAAGGAGAAAUGGGUUGCUCAAGAAGGCUUAUGAGCUCUCAGUACUUUGCGAUGCUGAGGUUGCCCUCAUCAUCUUCUCCAACCGUGGCAAGCUUUAUGAGUUCAGCAGCACCUCAAGUAUGAUGAAAACACUGGAGAAGUACCAGAAGUACAGCUACAGUGCACUGGAGACCACCCGUCCAAUUAAUGACUCUCAGAACUAUCAGGAAUAUUUGAGAUUAAAAGCAAGGGUAGAAGUUUUGCAAUGUUCUCAAAGGAACCUACUUGGGGAAGAUCUUGCCCAAAUGAAUACAAAUGAGCUAGAGCAGCUUGAGAAUCAACUGGAGGCAGCACUGAAGAAUAUUAGGUCAACAAAGACUCAAUUCAUGCUUGACCAACUUUCUGAUCUUCAUCACCGGGAAACAUUGCUUAUUGAAACCAAUAAUGUGUUAAGGAGUAAGUUGGAAGAAACUAAUAAUUCACAAGUUCAAGUAAGUCUAGCUUUGGAAGCUGGAGGGCCUAGCAUUCAAUACACCAACUUUCCACCUCAAUCAGAGGGGUUCUUCCAGCCAAUGGGAGUGAAUCCCACCUUGCAAAUUGGGUACAACCAGACUAAUCCACAUGAUGCAAACGUUGGAGCUUCAUCCUUAAGUAUGCAUGGAUUCGCCUCUGAGUGGAUGCUUUGAUGAUAUUGAAUUUACAUAUGUGCCAUAAAGAACAGAAAAGAAAACUAGUGAUGGAUGUGUUGAACACUUCCAUAUAUAAUAUAUAUAUAUAUAUAUAUAUAUAUAUAUAUAUAUAUAUAUAUAUAUAUAUAUAUAUAUAUGUUUCCGUUUCGUUUUGUUAUGCAUCAUUUAUCAAUGUUUGAAUAAAUAAAAAUUGCGAGUAGUAUUGUCAUAAAAAAAUUUAUGAACCUAAAACGCUGUAUAUUUGUAUUGAAGUUAAAACAUGAAGCCAUCCAAUGGGUCACUGAACUUGGUUCAUAAAAUGUUGUGUUUGAGCUUGAUUGUAAAACCGUCAUUGAUGGCAU